AUAUUUCCACACUUGCGAGCCGAAUGUAAAUUGUUGAUGAACAAAGAGCCGUUUUGAUAGCACUACGUCCGAUUGCUACAAACCCCUGCCAGACUCCCAUCUUCUGACAUCUCCGUCCCCCUGCGCCGCCAACCACAAUGUUAGAAACCAGGGAAGAUAACAAACCCCUCACAGCCGGCAGCAACACUGUCGAAGACGCUGGAGAAACCCCUUCCAUGUCGAAAAGCGCGAUGAAGCGAUUACUUAAGCAACAGCGGCUUCAGGCAAGGAAGGCUGAGCGGAAAGCAGCGGAGAAGGAGCGAAGGCGGCGAGAUCUAGAGCGCCGCCGCCGCGAAUGGGAGGAGAAGCUCACCAACAAAACGGAGGAGGAAAGGAUGCGACUCGUGGAGUCGCGGAAGGAGACGAGGCGGGACCGAAUGGAGAAGAGGACGGAGGAGCGCAGUAAGCGUGCUGAGAGGCUACGAAAGGCAGCUUUGGUUGGGCAAAAGGUCGUUCUUGAUCUCGAGUUCUCCGAUCUCAUGAGCCCUAGCGAGAUCCAGAGCCUUUCUCACCAGAUUAUGUAUUGCUAUGCAGUGAAUGGGAAAUGUGAACUUCCUGCACAUCUCUGGUUGACAGGAUGCAAUGGUGAAAUAGGAAACCAAUUACAAAGGCUUCCUGGAUAUGAUAAGUGGAUUAUUGAAAAGGAGAACAGGUCUUAUAUUGAAGCAUUUCAAGAUCAUAAAGAGAUGCUUGUUUAUUUAACAGCUGAUGCAGAGACCGCCCUUGAGGAGCUUGAUUCAGACAGAAUUUAUAUCAUUGGUGGGCUGGUUGAUCGGAACAGAUGGAAAGGUGUCACGAUGAAGAAAGCGAACGAACAAGGGAUCCAAUCGGCAAGGCUUCCCAUUGGAAAUUACGUGAAGUUAGCAAGUUCACAGGUUCUUACCGUUAAUCAAGUCGUUGAGAUACUGCUGAAGUUCGUAGAAACACGAGACUGGAAAAGUGCAUUCUUUAGCGUGAUUCCACAGAGGAAAAGAGGUGCUGUUGAAACUGAAGGUGUUGAGACUGUCAGUGCUGCAAAAUUUGACGCAGAAUGCAAAAAUGGCUUAUUAGAAGCUGAUGCCGAGGAGGAAGUCGAAGAGGCAUAUAAUAAUAAUGUUAUCAGCACAAAAAAACAACGCUCUGAGCCUAAAAAUGAAGAAGCUGGUGUAAUAUAAGCCACUGCAGGUUAGAGACGGUUGAUGACAAUGAAACCUUGUAAUCUGAUUCCAUUACUUCAGAGAUAAUUUUAAACUAAUGCAAGUCUGAGCAGUUAAUUUUUCUGCCACAGUGUUGUGGUUGUACUAUUUAUAGGUAAUUCUGGUGAAGAAAAUUGAUCUGGUCCUCAUUUUAAUGGAGGGAGAAGAAUGUUAUUGUAUUGUGCAAUUGCCAUUCUAAGAAUUUCUGACAGUUUGGCCUCGGUUGUGAGGUGUAUUUUUUUUUAGAAAAAAUUACAUACGUACCACUCGAUUCUUAUGUAUUACAUA